AUGUCGGGGUUUAAGAAAUUGUUGGCAACUUUUUUUCUUGUGCUAAUGCUGGUUUUUGCUACUGGCAAACUGGCUGAGGGAAGGACUUGCGAGUCCCAAAGUCACAAGUAUAAGGGGCCGUGCGUGAGGAAGAGCAAUUGUGCUAAUGUUUGUCAGACUGAAGGCUUUACUGGUGGUCACUGUCGUGGUGUCCGUCGCCGUUGCUUCUGCACUAAACACUGCUAA